UGCAAUUGGUGGUGACAGUCCUUCAUGGGGGGUAUGACGAUUCAUUCUGAAAAUAAAUCCACGCUCAGUUAAUGAGCGUCUCUCAUUCGAAUUGGUUAUAUAUUUCUUUUUGUCCAUUUUCCACCCACUUUUUUUCCUUUUUAACUUUCCUUUAACUUCCUUGGCAUCUCUCCCCCGCUGUUGUUGGUCUGUCGCUCUUUGUGCUGAAGAAAACGUGAGUGGCAAUUGGAAAAGGCGAUAAUUAAAAACACCCCGUCGAACACUGAAAAAAAGGGGGACGGGAAGAGUGAGAAGAGCUUUUGUCUACAAGAAGUUGAAGAAGUUUUUACCAGUGCGAGAGCACUCUUUGGUACAUAUAAUUCGUAAUUCGAUUGUGAAGUCAAGUUGGGUGGCAAAAGAGGGUAUUUUUCAAUCACUUUCCGGACUUGUGAGCGCACAAUCACGGGGGAUGUGUGAGAAAUUCUAUUAAUUUUUACCCCCUCGCAAUUCCAAACAAGAACUUUUGAAAUUCUACAACAAAGAAAAUUGCAAUUUGUGCUUUUGAGAAGAAAAAAAAAAACCUUGAGGGGAGAGAAAUCAGCUGAGAAGCUUGUCAAAUUGAAACACAGAAGAGCAAAAAUUUGAUGCAGAAGCUCCCAUUUUCCCGACAACAUGUCCACCACAUUCUUCCGUGCUAUUUCUCAGUACAGAAUCCUCCGUGGUAUGGCCUCGUACUCCCUUCUAUGGCCAUGCGGAAGUCUCAUUCAGCAGACAAUUGAGGGGAAAACAUGGAGGACGUACGAUUGGGACAAAUGUCUCCGCAUGGGUAUCUUUGGGAGCUUAGUUAUCGGACCAUCGAUGUACAUGUGGAUACGUCUUGCACACAAUAUGUGGCCGAAACGGGAGCUGAAGACCUCAGUUGCAAAAGCACUCUGCGAACAAAUUUCCUACGACCCCUUUAUGAUUGCUACCUUUCUCUUCUGUAUGAGCAUCUUCGAGGGACGAAGUAUCCAGCAAGCGAGGCUUGAGGUGAAGGAGAAGUUCUUCGACACCUACAAAGUUGGUGCAGUUUACUGGCCAUGUGUUCAGACUAUCAACUUCACCCUCGUCCCACCCAGGAAUCAAGUGGUUGUCGUCAGCAUAUUCAGCAUGAUUUGGAGCAGUUUUCUCUCGUACAUGAAACACAUGGAAAUUGAGAGGAUUCGCCAGAAGAAAUUGGAGAAGAAGCAGAAGAAGCUCGAGAAGAAAAAGAGAUUAAGCGAAAAGAAACCAUAGAAGAAUUUUCACACACACAUACAUAUAUGUAAUCGCAUGUUCUUGUGUUAAAAAAAAUAGCAUAAAUUCGCAUAAUUUCAUUCCGAAUUCAAUAAAGCGUGAAUUUGUUAAUAAAA